AAUCGUGAAACAGGUGGCUAGCCCGAGCGGGGACAUAGCCCUGAGCCCAGGCGUGGAGUUAUCGAGAUAGUGGAAACAAUUUCAGUGUAUGUAAUAACCCGUGGGCCUCGUGAUCUCGUGUAAAACUCGUUGUGUCCCUGUUCGCGAAGGAUACUCCACCAAAGGAUCGGCAGGAUCGUGACCGCAGUGAAGACGAAUUUGUGUAAGCGACCGGCCAGUCACGGCAAGACCAUGAUACGCAAGCUGCUUCUGUUGUUGGCCUUGGUCGCCUGGUGUCAGGCGGACAUCCCGGUAUUCGAAAUUGGGUCGUUUUCCGGCGGCGAACCGAAGGCAAGGGUAGCGUCUGCCGAGCAGCAGGAAGAAUUCGCCGGCUACGCCGCUGAGAAACCGACCGAACCGUUGCCGGAACCUUCGAACAAAUGUGAAGGGGGGCCCGAUAAGUGUGGUUACGUGUACGAGAAACCCUCCUGCCAGUGGCAGGAUGGAUUGGCGACCACGGAAACAACGACGCUAUUUCGUACGGAGACGACGGUGCGAACGGAAAGGGUAACCGUCACGGAAACCGUUCCAACCACGCUCACCACAACGCUGACCACUGCCACGCCGUUCUGUGGAGCUACCAACGCCUAUCUGCCUCCGGAUACGACCACAACGUUGCCGCCGGCCACCAGCACCGUUACGGUUAGGCCGCCGCCACUGACCACCACCAAAUCGUUGCCUCCGACAACAACCACCAUCACAUCGCGAGGACCUCCGAUCACGACCGAGCGGGUCGUUACGCCAACCACGACGAUCGUCAUCAGCAAGACCCCGUUCGUAACGACUACCCGGACCGUAACGCCAACUUCAACUAACGUGUUCUACGCAGACUCGGUCACCGUAAAUCGCACCGUCACACCGACGUCCACCAACGUGUUCUAUGUACCUUCGACCACCGUUAAUCGCACCGUAACACCGACCAGCACCAAUGUGUUUUACCUGAACUCUGUCACUGUGAACCGCACGGUCACACCGACGUCCACCAAUGUAUUUUAUGCUGCCUCGGCGACUGUCAAUCGCACCGUAACGCCAACCUCCACCAAUGUGUUCUACGUCGACUCUGUCACCGUAAACCGCACGGUCACUCCGACCUCGACCAAUGUGUUUUAUGUGCCUUCAACCACCGUCAAUCGCACCGUAACGCCAACCUCCACCAACGUGUUCUAUGUGGCCACGAGCACAGUCAAUCGUACCGUAACGCCCACCUCGACCCGGCUCUUCUAUCUGGACUCGGUCACAGUCGAUCGGACGGUGAUCCCAACAUCGACCGUAGUGAUUACGCUCGAUCAAACACGCACACAGACCCGCACGGUCACUCCGACGUACGUUGUGCAGCAGACGGCGGAUACGGCCACUGUAACGCGGACUCUUACACCGUCGUUCGUCGUAACGGAGAGCGUACCAACCGUAACGGUAACGCGCACGUUCACUCCUUCCAGUCUCAUCACAACGACGGCUCCCAAUACGAACACAAUCACACGUACGGUCACACCGCAGGCCACUAGCACCACGACGAUCGCGGCCCCGGUUCGAACGAUCACGCAAACCGCUUCGACCACGAUCACCGUUACGCCGCAGCUGUCCGUAACGCCUCCGGUCGUUACGAAAACCGUUUGCACACCGGACAAUGCGUAUCUUCCGGCGGCGGGUGAAAAGACCGUCAUUCGCACGGAAACUCGAACGGAAGUGUCGACCACCACCGUGAUCGCCUGCACUCCGACCAAUGCGUAUCUGCCGGCCCGCGAAACCGUGGCCGCCAACCAGCCGGCCCCAGCGUUCGCCCGUGUGCCUUCGUUGCACCGUGAAGUUCUGCCACCGCCGGAGGACGACCGGAACAACUUGAUCUGGAACCCGUAGGAAGGUGGAACCGGAAGUUCCACGCAAUUCAUCGCACUGCCUGCAUCGCUGAAAUGAAGAUGAAGAGUAAACCGGAAACUGCAGAAACUCAUAAAUACUCAUACCUUCGUCGGGGACGCUGUGUUGUUAAGAUUAUUUUGGCAACCGCAAUCAUGAGAUUAGUCGUAGACGAUGUUCGUAGGCACUUAAUAUGUACAUAGAACCGUAGCUAAAGGUAACGAAAACAAUGCGCACACACAAACCGAAACUACGGGUUCUGGAUCGACCAACGAUGGAGACGCAUUCCCCGGUAUACCAUUCCAUUACCAUUCCACAACAGCGAGUACCGAUAGCGGUAAGCGGAUUGUGAUUGAUUUUCGUAUGUGAUUAUAUAUUUGUGCGUAUUCGUGCGUGUGUGUGUGUGUGUUUAUGUCUAUGUGUGGUGUUCAUUAUGAUUUCACGAAUA